UUCCGGUUCCGGCGGCCGUGCGGGGGAGGCAGCGGCGGCGGCGGCGGCGGCGGCGGCAGCAGGAGCGAGGCGCGCACCACAUCGGCACCGCGGCCCGGCCGCGCUCCGCCGCCCUCCGCCCCCGCUCCGCCCCCGCAGCCAGCAGGAGGGAGAAAAUGAAAGCGGGCUGCAGCAUCGUGGAUAAGGCAGAAGGAGGAGGAGGUUAUCACUUCCCCGAGUGGGCGUACAAGACCGAGUCCAGCCCUGGCUCGCGGCAGAUCCAGCUCUGGCACUUCAUCCUGGAGCUGCUGCAGAAGGAGGAGUUCCGCCAUGUCAUCGCCUGGCAGCAGGGCGAGUACGGGGAGUUCGUCAUCAAGGACCCCGACGAGGUGGCGCGGCUGUGGGGCCGGCGGAAAUGCAAGCCCCAGAUGAACUACGACAAGCUGAGCCGGGCUCUCAGAUACUACUACAACAAGAGGAUUCUCCACAAGACUAAAGGCAAAAGGUUCACCUACAAGUUCAACUUCAACAAGCUGGUGAUGCCCAACUAUCCCUUCAUCAACAUCCGUCCUAACGGCGCAUCUGUGGUUGUCCUCGGGGGAGCCUCGGAGCGGUUUGGUUUCCUAUUUGCGCUCGCCUGCCGGGCUUGCCUCGAUGGGUGCCGCAGGGCCCUUGCCUCACAUGUUUGUAACCUAAGUUUAUGGUGCCAUAUAAAGGUGAGCCUCCCUGACAAGGAGCUUAGAGGCGUGCGGCCGGGCGGCCCUGUCAGCACGAUCGCAAAGCCUGCAGCUCAGCAGCUCAGCAGCGCUUUGCCCUCCUCCCCUCUCCUGCAAAGCCCCCUGUUUGGUUGCAGCUCUGCUCCUUUCACAUCAAAAGGAGUUGCCGUCGUUUUAAUGAACGUUUCUGGGGUUCAGAGAAACCCAAGAGCGAGCUCAGAGCGUUUCUCGAGUUUCCAGAGCAGCGUAGUAACUCGUCUGAGUUUGACUAAAAUCACAGGUAUUUCUUGAUCCUCCCUGCGGCAGAACGGCGUGCCGACAUUCAGGAGAACGAGAAGGAGUUUGGGAACGGAGCGUAAUUGUUCCCUGCUUGUCCUAAACGGCCUUUGAGUCUCUUGCCAGGAGCAGUAGCAGAAGUUCACGCUGGGUUUGUCCUGGAGUCAGCAUUACUGCUGUGGUUUCUCUGGAAGAGGGUCCUUUGUUCGCAGGAUCCUUUUUGGUGGAGUUAAAUCCCCCCCGUAGCUAGAUUCCUGCAGCUGGGGUGAUUGUCUGCGUAGCUGCACUGCCACCGCGCAGCCAGGGAAAUGAAUGGCGAUGGUGUCCAUCAAAAAACCCCCUUCUGGAAGUCAUUACAGCGAGGCCCUAGACUCCAAACUCUCCGCAGCAAAGGAAGCGUGACUGCGGAGGCGCCUGAGCCAGCCUUUCUCGCAGCGCCGUGCGCUCAGUUCUCACCUCCAGAAGAGCGCCUCAGGGGAAGCCUUGAAGAUCUGUCUCGCGGAGGGAGAGAGAGAAGGGAGAGAGCAGGGGAAAGUGGGGAUUGGGUGUUGACUCUGAAACCCCAGCGGCUGAGAAAAACAGGUUACGUGUGGGCAAAGCGAUUUCUCAUCGGCGCUGGUGUGCUCUGUGCCUACGUACGGCGAGGAGCGCUCGUCGGUCUUGGCAGUUGGAGCAACCUGCGUCCCUCCCCGCCCCGGGGAGCCCCAGGCAGGCGGGAGCACGAGCGUGACAGCGAGGCAUUGUCCUCCGAGCGAGCAGGAACCCAGAACGCGAGGCUGGGAGAGGAGAAGUAUUCGGAAAGGCGUUCUGCCUCACCUGUGUGGGACACGUCGCCUUUACGGCAGCGGGGAGAGGGAAAUGUAUUCUCCAGGAGCCCUCAGCCAAAGCAUGGGGGUGUAAGAUGUAGUACGAAGCUGCGCUGCAAAUCUAUAAUUACUUGCAGCAACAAGUCUGGGCAGUUCCAGCUCAAUAUUGCUCACUGCUGUUCCUUUUCCCUGUUUGCAGCCACUCCCUCCUAUCUCUGGGGCAU